ACCUGCAGCCGAGUUGGGCGUGUGGAGCCUCUGACCCUCUCUCGCCCACUCUCUCUUAGUCUCUCCCUCUCUGCUGCAGCUACAGGGGGCUAUGGAUGGACUGCGUUUACCUCCACUCAUCGAGGAAGCUUUGGACUCUACAGAUGACCUGUGCGAUCUGAAAGCAGAGUGCAGCCCCACCAUGGACAACGAGAUAACAGCGAAGAGGAGAGGCGUACUGGAGGAGAACAACGAGAAAGAGGAGAUGGACCAGGAGAGAGCUCAGGAGGAGGAGGGCGAAGAGAAGGAGCUGAAGGGUGAAGAAGGCGAAGGGGAGGAGAAGUGGAAGAAGAAGCAGGAGCCGCUGACAGAGGAGCAGGAGCUGGAGGAGCUGAGGGCCCAGGUGCUGCAGCUGCUGCUGGAGCUGGACGACGCCAGAGAGACAUCCAACAAACACCAGGAGAGCUUCCAUGAGCUGCAAGGUCUGUUGGAGGACGAGCGCCUGUCCUGUGCCCAUCAGGCUGAAGCCUUCUCACGCCAGAUCCAGAAUCUACAAGCUCAGCUGCAUUCUGUGCAGGAGGAGAUGGACAGCCUGGAGGAGGAGAAGGAGAGCGAGCUGGCAGAGGCCCAGGAGGAGCUGCGUGUUGCUCAGGAGGAGGUGCUCCUGCUCCAACAGACGGCAGAGGACGCCGCGGCAGAGAGGGAGAACGACAUCGCCUCACUGCAGGAGGAGCUGUGUCGCCGGCGGGCCGAGCUGCAGCGCCUCAGCGAGGAGACCCAGGAGUACGAGCUGGAGAUCACCACCCUGAGAGCCGAGAUCAGCAUGAAGAGCCAGCGUAGGGAUGCUGAGCGCAGAGAGGGUGAUGUGGACCUGCUGAAGGAGGAGUGCCGCACGCUGAGGGAGGAGUGUCAGACCCUGAAGGAGGACAACAGACGUCUCUCCGAGCGGCUGCAGCUGCUGCAGAGACAGAGGACAUGCUCCAGUGUUUACCUGUCACUGAAAGAGGAAGACGUAGGGGACGACACAGAGGGGAAGGAGAUGGAGACCGGCUCCGAUGAGGUCAUGACGGAGAGUUACAUGACCAUGGCCAAGGCUGGGAACAGUCGCCUGGUGGACGCCUCCAUCCAGAAGAAUAUUUCUUUCGAUGGGAAACCUGUGACAUCAACAAGCUGGAACGGAGGCAUCGGGGAGAUCUUCUCCCUGAGGGAGCAGCUCAAGCAGGCAGAGGAGAAGGCCUCACAAGUUCAGAGAGAGUGUGACGGUCUGAAGACGGAGCUGCAGGAGCUGCAGGUACUGUAUGACAGCAGCCAGAGGGAGAGAGCAGAGCUGGAGGAGGAGCUGCAGCGCUGCAAGGCAGAGCUGGAGAAGCUGUCAGGGGGGGCUCAGAGAUUCAUCCCUACGUCUGAGCACCCUGUUCUCUCCAUCCCCUUCAUAGGAAUGAUUGUAAUAUUGGCUGUGGUCUGGUGCUGGUUGUCGGAGCUGGCGUCCCAGAGGGCAAGGGGAGAGAGGUAGGUUGGAACUCCAUUUUGACAAUCACUGCAGCCACAGCAGUGCUUCUGAUGAUGACUAGCUUGUUGAGAGCUCUCGUCCGAUGUUGAUUGGAUGGGCAACAACUGCACAGGGACAGAUGUCUGCUUCAGACCAGCCCUCGUUCUCUCCUGCCAUGUCUGUAGACUGAACUGGAAUUCUCUAAAUGUGAUAGAGCUGACAGCUGUGUAUGUUGUCGCUAAUGAGAAGGUACUACAUGCACUGAGAGUGAUGCACUCAGUCUCAUUUGAGAUUGAAGAUGAUGAAGAGUUGACCUGCAGAGAGCCCACAUGAGGACUGAUCUCACUCCACUAAAUGUAUGCUAGUGCUGUGUCUCUCCUCCUCUGUCUGUGAAUAUUAUUUUUAUCUCCUUUUAAGCUAACAAUGUGAAGAAAAAAAAAUGAAGGUUUUGAUUAUUAAUGUGCACCAAAUGGUUUUCCAUUUAUUUAACAAUUAUUUAUUUAUUUGUUUGUUUAUAUAUUGUUCAUAGUUGUCUCUGAUAAUAAUGACGAACAUGGAGUCUGGGCAUUUAAUGCACUGAAAACCCUGAAAUGUACAUAUGCCCAUAAAAUAUUAACGGAAAGAGCAGAAUUAUUUUGUGAAUGAGUUGACUGUUAAUAUCUUGUUGCUUCUCUCCAAAUACUGAAUGCAAUACAUUCUACCUAUUGUUAAACUGGAUUAAAUAUCACAAAAUAUCCAUGAAUUAAAGCCAGCCUACCAUUACCAACUAUACAGCCACGGUGUUUCUGCCCCACACAACUUCUGUUAUAAUAUCAAAUUGAUCUCUUUCCAUUGUAAACACUGAAUGAUAUGCUAUUACAAUGAGAAUAAGUACGCUAAGUAAAUCCCUGUUAGUGUAAACCCGGUGUCUUAAGGCUGGCGUCCAACCCCUCGUGGGUGCAGCCAAGUCUUCUUCACAGUGUUGUUCAGUAUGUGCUUUGCUCCAGGCUCAGUCACUUCUUGUCUUGUAUCUGACUCUGAAAUCAAACAACUCCCACCUUCCUCUUUAAUUAUCACUUUAACCAAGACGCCAGAAAGUCUGUGCCGUAUUUCUGAUUCGUCUUACCUGCCCACAGCUCUCUUUGAAAUUCUGAAAACAUACACCCACAACUACAUUGUUACACUUACAAUAUGGUUUGCUGUAGUUUUGUUAUGUGCUAGUUAGGAUAUCUCAGCAACUUUGGGAGCCGAUUGUCGGAGGAUCGAGAUAUAUUAUGUUUUCUAACAUCUUGAUGUGGAGAAAUAAGCUUGUGUUCCUCUCCAGCAGGAUUUAAAUGGGUAGUGUAUUGUUAUUUAGAUUUAUGGUGAUUGCAGGUUGUUCCAGGUACUCGGUGUGAGAACGUUGACUGCCAGCGUUCCCUCGUUUACUGACGACACGCUUUAUGUAACAAACUGAAGAUCUAAUAAACGCCAGUUGACAUCCGGUGUGUCUGAAGUAAAAGAUCAGUGUUAGUUAGUCGUGAAGGCAUUUUAGAAACUGAUAUGGUUCCAAAAUAUGUAAAUAGGAAGGUGUCAGAAAAAGUUUAAGAAUUAAUUACAAAAAAAAAGAUAUAUGUAUCUGUGGAAGGACUCUGAUUAUUGUUUACAUUUGUGAAACGUUUUUUUUGUGAAUAUAUUUUAGAACUGAAAAACGCAUGUCAGAAAACAUAUAGAAGCACAAUAUAUAAUUUAUGUUACUUUAUAUUUUCAUGUAAAUAGUUAUGACAUAUAGUACUAUGGGAGAGAUAUUUCUUAAAUCCAUUUGUACUAGCUUUGUAGAAAGUUUAUUCUAUUUUGGAAAAGCAUUGUAUAUUUGAUAGCCAGACUAUAUGCCGUGUAAAUGUUUAUUUAUGGUGACGUUAUUCAGAACUGCUUUUUCAGGACCUCUUUGUUCAAAGCUGGUGUAGUCAUUGCAUGCAUUUAGAUUGCAUCCAGCCUUAGCUGCUAGAAACAUGACUUGUCAAUUUUAGAAUUUUUAAAACCCUUUCUUAAAAGUGUGUCAUUAAACAGAUCCUUGAUAAGCAAUGCCUGACCAAUGUUAUUUCUGCAUAUGAAAAUUCACCAAGGAAAUGAUGUGCCACUGGACUGCAAAUGUUGUCUCUGUCUAUUUAAAUAAAUGAUCAGUUUGCAGUAUACAUUAGAUAUGCCCAUUGACUGCAAUGGUACACAUAAAUGUUGUCUGAUUCAGGACAUUAUUUUUUAUUAUUUCAUGAAUAUUAACUUCAUUAUAGUUUCACAACCUUCUAUAUUUACACCGUGUUUCUCCGUGUGUUGCUUUACAUAUUGUUGUUUUCAAUAUAGUUGUGGCUAUUUUGUUACCUGGAGGUCUAUUUUGUACUGUAAAUGACUUAAGAAAAUAAAUAUACCCACCCCA